GAUAUAUUGCGGUGGAGGGAAAUCGGCCCCAGUGCUGACUUUGUCUCACAUGCUUAAUAAAGAGCUUGGUGGAUGUCAGCGUGUGCCGGUCUUCUUUGCCUUGCGCUGCGGACGACUUUGGAUACGUUGGACAUAAAGUCAGCACUCUCCUCCAACCCUCCAGUCUACGGUUCCCGCGUACGGCUACGGUAUGGCGGAGGGGACUCAGGGGGCCGCCUUGGUCGAGGGGGAGGUGGCGGCCGGCGGGGUUGUGGAUGCUAUCCCGGCGGCGGAGCCGGUGGUGGCCCAGCCGGUAGUACGGCCGAAACUGUUACAGUCUGCAAUAUCGGAGCUCGAUGUGGGGGAGACAGGAGCCGCUAAGCCACAGGAGGAGUGGUGGCACAGCCCGGCGGUGACUGGACUACAGCCCGAGCAGCUCCUAACACCAAAGCCGAAGCUCGGGCAUUCGGGGUGGAGGGAGAGACGCGCCACGAUGGAGGACGAUGAAGACUGGAGCUACUCCACGGCUCCGGGCCAGGAAACCAUGGAUAUCUUGCGCCAUCGGUUUGGUGAAGCAAGUUACAAGGGCACCGCCGAUAUGUGGCAAUCGGAAGGGGAGGCUACGGGUCGCACCCCCUCGUCUAGGUUCCGCCUGAGCAGUCCGCGGCUGCGGUUGCCUAAUCCCGCAGGUGGGCCGGCCGUUAUGGGACUCCCUUCGAGCGGGCCGCCGGGUCAGCCACGCCCAGCCCAGCCGGGCGGGGCCAGGAACGUGGCAGGAGGCCUGACUGCAACAGGGGGGAGGGAACGGCAGAGCUUCGCGGCCGGACAUCCAAACAUGGUACCAGGCCAGCCCCAGGGGCCGUGGGGGCCAGGAUAUCUAUGGGGGGUUCCCCCUAUUCCGGUUACCUUUGAUGGUAACCCCGAUCAAUUGGCGAUGUUCCUGGGACAGGCCAUAAGCCACCUGGACCAGUUUGCACAGCUAUAUGUCUCCCAAUGGGCUAUGGUCGGCGCCAUUACUGCCGCCUUGCGCGGGGAGGCGGCCGCGUGGGCGGCCGACUUAUACAGUGACCAUGCCCGGGAGUUGGGGAGUGCGGGGCUGUUUUUGGACGCUCUACAUGGGCGGUUUGAUGACCCCACUCGGGCACAGAGGGCCGAGGCAGACCUGCUGGCGCUCCAACAGGGGAAACGCCCGGCCGUUGAGUACGUGCGGGAGUUUCGGAAAUUAGCCGGCCGGUUGCAGUCUUCUUGGCCGGAGCGGAUGUUGGUACAUCAAUUCAGAGCAGGCCUAGACCACGACCUACGGCAAGCCUGCGUAUAUCGGGGUGUGCCCAACAGACUGAGAGACUGGUUCAGGGUAGUGAUCGAACUUGAAGCGGGCCUGAAAGAGGUAUAUCGAGGGUACGGGGAUGUUUCGCGGCUGCGGCGUCCCGGGGAUAGGCCUCGCGAGGGCAGCCAGGACCAACAGCGGCCAACACCAAAGCCACCAGGACCGUCAGGAGCAGCCGGUUUCCGAUGCUUUCGUUGUGACCAGCCGGGUCACCGCGCAGCCGACUGUCCAGCACCCAGCCCCCGUAAGGCCGCAGCAGUUGGUAGAGCCACACCACUGAAGAAGGCCACGGAGAGUUCAAGGGCGGUUGGCCAGCAGCCGACUCCAGGGGUGAAGCCAGGAUCCCCGACUACGCCAAUGCCCAUAGCCGGGGUACGCUACCAGCCGGGGGACGAGGAGGACAGCCCUGACGAGGGAAUGAUGUUCGUUCGUUCGCUAGGGUCCUCACAGGCGUUGAGUUCAGCAUAUCACCCGAGCACCAACGGGGCGGCGGAAAGGGCAAACGCUAUGGUGGAAAGGUACCUCCGAAGUUAUGUGUCAUUCCAGCAAACGGAUUGGGUGGAUUUAUUGCCGUUUGCUGAAGUGGCAUAUAAUAAUACCGUCCACAGCAGUACGGGGUGUACCCCGUUUAAAAUAGUGUAUGGUAUGGAGUUUAACCCCAUGCCCGAAUUGUCACCAGAGAUGGCCAGCGGCCAGACCCCUCAAACAUGGCAGUCCAAAAUUUCAGGGUUGUGGGACCGGGUGCGGGUAGCCCGAAGGAAGGCCGAAGCUGCUGCCAAAGUCCAAGCCGACAAAAAACGGGCCGAGCAUAAACCGUUCAAAGUGGGAGACUGGGUGUAUUUAGCCACCAAAUAUCUACGUCUGCAGGUGCCAUGUAAGAAGCUAGGCCCGAAAUAUGUAGGGCCUUUCCAGAUCCUCAAAGUGGUUAACCCAGUUACAGUUCAGCUACGGCUACCCGCCUCUCUAGGCAAGGUUCACCCCGUGUUCCAUAGUAGUCUACUCAAACCAACACAUAGAAGUCCCUAUGCUGACGGGGCACCAGGACCGAUAUCCGGGUCCCAUUACGAGGUGCAGGAGGUCCUAGACUCACGGAAGCGAUAUGGUAAAACCCAAUACCUCCUUCGGUGGAAGGGCUACCCAUUAUCAGAUGCGACCUGGGUGGGAGAGGGGGACAUAAAGGCACCCAACCUGAUUCGGACGUUCCAUCGGAAGCACCCGGAUAAGCCGGGGCGGAACAAGUGUAACGUUGUGUACUCAACCCCUUUCCUUUCCUCCCCAGGGGGACGCGUGGUACAGGGGGCCGCAUGUCAAGCCCCGACGGCUUGCCAUAAGGACAGGGACAGGGGGAGCACGAAUGUCAACUCACCGGGGCGAGAAACAGCUGAGCCGUGCACCGCCACGCCCCACCGCCGCACCGGGCGAACUCCCUCUGGGCGGACGUCUCCACGAGAAGCACGACAGACGCCAACACCACCUGAUGGAACAGCGGGAGCUCCUAAGAGCCACUUGCGGGCUAAUGGGAAUGUACCUCGGCGGGAGAGCGGGGGGUUGUCUCCUAGCCACCAGGAUAUCCGGCAGGGCGAGAUUGGCGGCGGGCAACAGGGGCGCAGUGUAUUCCACAGUCAAAGGCCCUAA